AUGCGGCUCCCACCACCACCACUGAGACUAAGAAAUAUCAGAUACUAUGCAGUUUUGCAUAUACUUGAAGAAUAUGAUGAAACUACACUUUUAAAGCUUAAACAAGGCUCUCUUCGCAAUCCUAGCAUAGCCCAGGAGAAUUCGACAGGGACAGAUGUAAAUUGUACCAUGGAAAUUGAGGAUGCAAAGACCAUGGAGGUCGAUUUUUCCUCGACUAAUUCUUUACCAAUUUCUAGUAGCUUUGAAUCUACAGACACCUCUAAAGAACAAGGGACUAAAAACCUUUCUGUUCUCUACCUGUUUUCGAGAUACAACAACUCUCAACAAAAUUCAGUAAGCUCACCUAAUGGGGUGGAUAUGUUGGCAGACAGUGCUUUUUCUUCUACCAGUGUUUCACCAAGUCCUGGCAAUGGCCAGCUGCUAAGCACUUGACAGAUUAAUUUUUCUCUACUCAUCUUUUUUUGAGAUCACAACUACCAAGUACCUCUAAUAAAUGACAAGUUGAGAGCAUAGCAAAAAUUUAACUAUCGUUACAUUUCUCUUCCGACUGUUGU